GUUCUCAUAGAACAAUCCAAUGAGACAACAACUAUUUUCGUGGCUGCUUUACUAGUCUCUAACAAAUACUCUAUUCUUACAACAAUUUCUGAGGCUCCACGAAUCAUUUAGACCAGCGGGCUGUUCUAUUUGCCUUGAAAACCUUGUCUGCAUAGCAGCUUCACCUUGAUAAAUCUAGCGACAGUUAUGGUUUGAAAGGUGAAAAAACAUGCUUGCAACGGGUCCUAAAAGAGGAUCUUCAUCUCCCCGGUUGAGUUUUCGGCAUUAGUAGUACCAGCAUCACGAUGCCUGAUCCCAUGGAAGUCGAUGAGCCAAGGGGUACGAAACGAAAGGCCCCAUCGUCUUCGGCAGAUGAAAACGCUCCACGCCGAAUCAAGGCACUAGACCAAGAUGUUGUAAACAAGAUUGCAGCCGGCGAGAUCAUUGUAGCUCCGGUACACGCCUUAAAGGAGUUGAUCGAGAAUGCCGUCGAUGCAGGCUCGACUUCCAUAGAAGUAUUAGUCAAGGAUGGAGGCCUUAAGUCAUUGCAAAUCACUGACAACGGCCAUGGUAUUAAUAAAGAGGAUUUGCCAAUUCUUUGUGAAAGGUUUACUACGUCCAAACUGAAGAAGUUUGAAGACUUGAGUAAUAUCGGAACAUAUGGUUUCCGAGGUGAAGCUCUCGCUAGUAUUAGUCAUAUUGCUCACUUGACAGUUACUACAAGAACGAAGGAUUCUGAAUGCUCAUGGCGAGCUCGAUACGAUGGGGGCAAGCUGUCCCCUGCGAAGCCCGGUCAAUCGGCUGACCCUAAACCUAUUGCUGGGCGAAUUGGUACACAGCUAUUAGUAGAGGAUUUGUUCUACAAUGUUCCGACACGACGAAGGGCUUUCAGGUCCCCCUCGGAUGAGUUCAACAAGAUCAUUGACAUGGUGGGGCGCUAUGCAAUCCAUUGUGCUAAUGUUGCCUUUUCUUGCAAAAAGCAUGGUGAUGCGGGCACGUCAAUCACAGUACCGCAACAAGCUUCCGUAAUAGACCGCAUCCGCCAAAUUCAUGGAAAUUCCGUCGCGAGCGAACUCAUAGAAUUCAGUGCUUCUGACCAUCGUUGGGGUUUCACGGCUUCAGGGUGGGCCACAAACGCGAACUACCAUAUAAAGAAAACCACACUUCUCCUUUUCAUUAACCACCGCAGCGUUGAGUCGACCAACAUCAAGAAGGCCGUGGAACAGACUUAUUCCGCAUUCCUUCCCAAAAACGGACACCCAUUCGUAUAUCUCAAUCUCGAAAUUGACCCUCAACGAGUUGAUGUCAACAUACACCCGACAAAGCGAGAGGUUAACUUCCUCAACGAGGAUGAAAUUAUCCAAUCAAUAUGUGAAAAUGUCCGCGAUAAAUUGGCCGCAGUCGAUACAAGUCGCACCUUCAUGACGCAGACCCUACUCCCUGGCACCAUGACCGCCGAUACCUCCAAACAAGAUAGUGACAACUCCGUCUUUAAGACGCCCGCUGGACCGCGAAAAACACCAGUUCGACCUGAUGAAAGUAAAAUGGUCAGGACCGAUGCUUCCCUGCGCAAGAUAACUAGUAUGUUUCCGGCUAUAUCGCAAUCCCCGACCCCAGGUACGUUGAGUAAUACCACACGUGAUGUCGCUCAAGAUCCUGUAUACGAAACAACGGACCGCGAACCGAUUAUAUGUCGACUUACUAGUGUGCGUGAGCUUCGCUCUGCCGUCAGAGAUGACAUGCAUCACGAACUAACCGAAGUCUUUGCUAAUCAUACUUUCGUUGGCAUUGUGGACGAAAAACGCCGGCUGGCUGCUAUCCAAGGAGGCGUCAAGUUAUUUCUCAUCGACUAUGGCCGGGCCUGCUUUGAGUACUUCUACCAAGUCGGGCUCACAGAUUUUGGCAAUUUCGGUAUUAUAAAAUUCCAGCCUGGACUAGACUUACGUGAAGUGCUCAAGAUUGCGGCCGAGCAAGAAAAAGCCGUCGCCGAGGAUAGCGAUGCGUUUGAAGUGGAUGAUGUUGUGGAUACAGUGGCAGAGCAAUUAAUUGAGAGGAGGGAGAUGCUGCUCGAAUAUUUCAGCUUUGAAAUAUCUCCGGCGGGGGAGUUAUUGACCAUUCCUCUACUUUUAAAAGGGUAUACACCAUCUAUGGCAAAAUUGCCACAAUUCCUCCUUCGCCUUGGCCCCCACGUAAACUGGACGGAUGAGAAGCUCUGUUUUGAAACCUUCCUCAAAGAACUAGCGACAUUCUAUGUUCCGGAACAACUCCCCACUCUCCCAGGCAACGACGAGACGGAGGAAAACGUCCCCGAUGAGAUCAAAGCAAGAAGGUCUCAAAUCCGUCGUGCGGUAGAACACAUAUUCUUCCCGGCGUUUAAGGCGAGAUUGGUGGCAACCAAAUCAUUUAUGAAAGGCGGCGUACUUGAAUUAGCAAGCCUCAAGGGGCUUUAUAGGGUCUUCGAGCGGUGCUGAUGUCUUCGCGGAGGAUAUGAUACCCAUUAAGAUUGUAGAUACGGAUUAAAGAAAAGAUUGCUGUUUAUAGGAAGGGAUGGAGAAUGGCGAUGCUUUGCUGGGGUCAUGAAGUUUACAAAGUGCUUUUUACAGAGCAUAGCUCAAAGUAUGAUAGUUCUAAAUCAAAGACUUUGAACGGAG